AUGAUGGACGUCUCAAAGAUAUCCUUUAUUUUACUGUUAGUAGCAUGGAGCGUGCAGGGCGAUGCUGAAGCUCUCGCCUCUAAGACUGGAGGGCAAGAGCCCGAGACCCGAGUGGUGGGUGGCAAAGACGCACCCGAAGGACUUGUGCCACACCAAGUCGCUCUGAAAACAACAAAAGACGGCUGGACUUUCUGCGGUGCUGCUGUCAUCUCCGACAGAUGGAUACUGACAGCUGCCCAUUGUGUCUUAAGUCUUAAACCAUCCGAAUUUACCGCUGUAGUUGGUACAUUAUCGAGAACGAAAGGUGGUACAACGUAUGAAAUAAGCAAACCCCUGCCAUUACCCACAAAGGAUAUCAAGUCUGGAUUGUCGUGUAUACUGAGCGGCUGGGGUAAACUUGGCGAAAGGCGGAACUCACCUGACAAAUUGCAAUAUCUGUAUGUAAAAACAUUAAACAGCGACGACUGUACGCGCUUAAGACGAAACUCCCCAGUCAAAAUAACUUCCAAGCAGAUGUGUACCCUUAACACAUAUGGAGAAGGAACAUGCCAAGGUGAUUCAGGCGGCAGUUUAGUGUGCAACGGCACCUCAGCCGGUAUCGUGUCCUUCAACUGGCCCUGCGCUAAUAAUUUCCCUGACACGUACGCCAACACGUACAAUUACAACUCCUGGAUAGGAGAAAAUACUAAAUCACCCUGA